AUGCCUCGUUCUUCUCACACAGAAGAAUUAAUUUUCGAUCUUGAAGUAGAGAAGAUCGCGCGUAGAACGAGAAAAGAAACCAGACAACUCAGAGAGGAGCAAUCCAGUGUGACAUCUCAAAGACUAGAUCCAGAGGCUGAGUUGACAGAUUUACGUGGCGAUAAUUCGAGUGAUUCGUACCAAGAGAACGUCGUCAUGGCAAACACACAAACAUUAAGGGAGUUGGCUGCUCCAAACUUGACCCAACAACCUCUUUGCAUAACUUUUCCUCGCCUUAGUGAGAAUGCAGCUUUUGAAUUAAAACCUGAUCUAAUACAUUUGUUGCCUACUUUUCAUGAUCUGCCAGGAGAGGAACCCCAUAAACACAUACAGGAAUUUGAUGUGUACUUCUACGAGGGGCUACUGAUGAACGAUAGAAAUAUCAUUGAUGCAUCAAGUGGUGGUGCACUGGUGAAUAAGACUACCCAAGAGGCAUGGGAACUAAUCGAGCGAAUGGCAGAGAACUGCCAGCAGUUUGGUACGAGAAAGGAUGUUCCUAUGAGAAAUGUCAACGAGUUACAAGAGGAGGGAACUGAGCAAGCAAACAUGGCUGGUAACAUGCCCAUGCCACGUAGACAGUAUGACCCCUAUUCUAACUCAUACAAUUCGGGUUCGAGGGAUCAUCCAAAUCUGAGUUAUGGGGGAAAUAAGCAACAAAAUUUCAUCCCUAAUAGACAGCAAGGCUUCCAGCAACAAUAUCAAACAAGGAAUCAACCCUCCUCUGCCUCAGGUAUGUCCCUAGAAGACAUGGUUAAAACCAUAGCCUCUAAUACUAUGAAAUUUCAGCAGGACACUGAGGCCAGCAGUCAAGAGAUGAAGGUGCGUAUGCAAAACUUGAAAAAUCAGAUGAUUCAAUUGGCCUCAAUUGUCAACCGACUGGACUCCCAGGGAAAGGGAAAACUUCCAUCCCAACCUGAGGUGAAUCCCAAGAAUGUAAGUGCAAUGACCCUCAGGAGUGGGAAAGAGGUUGAAGGACCAGCACCAGUGGCUCCGAAGGACAAGAAUGAGGACCGCAUUGAGAAGGAGCUUGAGGAAGAAGGAACGCCUGGCACAAAUAAAGAGGUAAUACGUAACCCAGUGAUUCCAGUUAAGCCUAACCCACCACCUUUUCCUAGCAGGUUGGAAAGGCCUAAAAAGCAAGACAAGGAAAAGGAAAUUCUGGAUAUGUUUAGGAAGGUGGAGAUAAAUAUCCCCUUACUUGACGCAAUUAAGCAAGUACCCCGGUAUGCCAAAUUUUUGAAGGACCUAUGCAUCAAUAGGAAGAAAUUGAGGGGAGAUGAAAGGAUAAUUGUAGGAGAGAACGUAUCCGCAGUGCUUCAAAGAAAACUUCGGCCCAAGUGUGGAGACCCACGUAUGUUCACUAUCCCUUGUAAAAUAGGGAACACUAGCAUUAGGAAUGCCAUGUUAGAUCUAGGAGCCUCUAUAAAUGUGAUACCCAAGGUUAUUUAUGCUUCUCUAAAUUUGGAUCCCUUAAAGGAAACUGGCAUUAUAAUUCAAUUGGCUGAUAGGACUAAUGUUUAUCCCGAUGGGGUGAUAGAAGAUGUGUUAGUGCAAGUGAACAAUUUAGUGUUCUCGGCUGAUUUUUAUAUUCUUGAUAUGGGUGAUGAACACUCUCCAAAUCUAUCACCAAUUUUGUUGGGGAGGCCCUUCUUGAGUACGGCUCGUACAAAAAUUGAUGUUAGUGAGGGCACCCUAACGAUGGAAUUUGAUGGACAAAUAGUUCAUUUCAAUAUAUUUGAGGCUAUGAAAUAUCCGUGUCAUUCUAAUGCUAUUUUUGCUGUGAGUGUAAUUGACCCUUUUGUGUAA